GCUAGUAAAGAUUUCAAACUCAUAGAAGUUAGCUUCUAAUUCAAAUAUUCAACUGCUAAGUACAUGCAUGCGAGUAUUUACCCUAAAGACCCAUUGCUGUCAUCGAAAAUACAUUAUGUUUUAGUUCCAUAGAAAUUUAGUUUCAUUAUGAAAAUACAUAUUGAUAAUCAAUGCAUGUAUGUACUUUAUUCGUGUCAUUUAAAGAAAACCUGUUCAUUAUGUGCAUAUAAGAAUGUCAUGCAUUAGUUUUUAAAAAUAAAUUUCUUUUCAGGCUACUUUAAGAAUUGCUAAUGAUGAUGAAUAAUCAUGAGUGGAAGAAGCAAAAGAAAAAAAGACAAAGAAAGGAAAAAGAAAAUUCGCUCAGAAAAUUUGGCGAAAAAUGCAGGUCUUUCCACCCAAAAUUAUGAAUCACAAUCAACUGCAGCAGAGCAAGACAAAAGCUCAAGUUUUGAGGCAGAAAAACCAGACUGGUUGUGUAACUAUCUUUCACAACAACAGCAGUUUGAGAAACAAAGACUUACAAGAAAGCAACAAAUGAAAAUUUGGUACCAACAAAAUAAAGAAAAGAAAAAACAGUAUGAAAGAAAUAGGUAUCAAGAUGAUGAGAAGGCCAAAAGAAAAAAGCAGUUCAUGAGAGAACAAUAUUGUAUUCCAGAGAAUGCAGAUAAAAAGAAACAGAGGAUCAGGAAAAAUUACAGUAUUCCAGAGAAUGCAGAAAAAAAGAAACAGAGUAUGAAAGAAAAAUACAGUAUUCCAGAGAAUGCUCAGAAAAAGAAACAGAGUAUGAAGGAAAAUUACAGUAUUCCAGAGAAUGCUGAGAAAAAGAAACAGAGUAUGAAGGAAAAAUACAGUAUUCCAGAGAAUGCUGAGAAAAAGAAACAGAGAAUCAGGAAAAAUUACAGUAUUCCAAAGAUUGCAGAAAAAAAGAAACAGAGUAUGAAAGAAAAAUACAGUAUUCCAGAAAAUGCUGAGAAAAAGAAACAGAGAAUCAGGAAAAAUUACAGUAUUCCAGAGAAUGCAGAAAAAAUGAAACAGAGAACCAGGGAAAACUACAAGAUUCGGGAAAAGGCACAAAAACAAAGAGAAGAUGAAAAACAAAAAUAUCAGAUACCAGAAACAAGAAAAAGGAAGAGAGAACAAAGUUUACAAAACUAUCACACAAAGAAAGCUAAAUCACUAACUAAUGGUGAUGGAGCACUUCAGAAAUUUAGAACCUUAUGCAAAGAAUAUCCGAUUUAUCCAUGUGUUGUAUGUGGACGGAUUAUGUUUCGUUCGCAGGUUCAUAAAUUUGUCAAGAAGAAAUACAAAAAAACACAAAUAUCUACUUUACUGAACAGUCUUUCAGCAACCACUAUGGAACAUAUUUGUGUUUUAUGUGACAAGACCAUGAAAAAUGGCAAAAUUCCAGCACAGGCCUUAGCUAACAAUAUGGAUUUAAGUACUGUUAGAGCCGAAUUAAGUGAACUUAAUAAACUGGAGAGACACCUGGUAUCUCCAGUAAUUCCAUUUAUGAAAAUAGUCAAUUUGCCAAAGCAUACACAAAAAGGAAUUCAUGGACCAGUAAUUUCAGUUCGCUCAGAUAUUACGAAAGUUACGACAACUUUGCCUAGAAACAUUUCUGAUGAAUCGUUCAUCAAGGUAAAACUGAAGCGCAAGUUGUGUUUUAAAGGCCAUCAUCUCUACCAGGAAGUACGUCCAAAUAAAAUCUUCAAAGCACUUGAUUUUCUAAAGAAAACAAACCCACACUUUGAAGAUAUAGAAAUUAAAGAUGAGAUAUUUAAAAGUGGAGAAUAUCUAGAUGAUAGUGAAAACUACUCAGCUGUAGAUAGCAGUGGUGCUGAUAAGGAGAGGGAAUCUGAACCUGGAAAUAAUGACCACAAUGAAAGCAACAUCAAUGCUGAAUGUGAUGAUCCUGACACAGAGGAAGAAGAGUCAACAGAAGAAUCUCAUGACUUUGCACCACCACUUGAUACAUCUCUUCAACCAUCAGACUUAACACAGUAUUAUGCUGAUCAAAAUCCAAACUCCAUAUUUUGUAUUGCCCCGGCAGAAGGAAACACACCUACAAAAGUCAUCCAUUCUGAAGGACAGGCAUUUCCAAUUCAUUUCCCAAAUGGAAAAAAAACAUACACAGACAAACGCAAUACAAAAAUUUCAAUGAAACGGUAUUUCAACAGUAGAUUGUUUUCAAGUGACCAUAGAUUUGCUAGUGAUCCAGAAUAUAUAUUUUUUGCACAGUAUACAGCAGAACUUGAGGAAAUCUUUUCUUCUGUUUCUAUUGCAAUGCGAAAGUCAGUUGAUUUGAGCCAUUUGACCUCAUCUACCUUCUUGGAUUCUUCCAAAAUGAAAAAGAUGCUUAAAAAAGAUGAAUGUUACCGCUUUUUGCAGGCAGUUCGCGGUUCCCCAGCAUACUGGGAAAAAACCAUGCGAGAUCUUUUUGCCAUGCUUAAACAGCUUGGCAUACCUACGUUUUUCAUAACUUUUUCUGCAGCAGAAAGAAGAUGGACAGAAAUUAUGGAAGCAAUUUGUCUCCAGCAAGGCAUUGAAGUUCCUAAAGACCCUGAUUGGCAGCAGUACUACAACAUAUUGAAUAGCAACAUUGUAACUGCUACACGGAUGUUUGAUAAAAGACUUCAUGAUUUUAUUAAUCAAGUCAUUAUGAGUCCAUCCAAUCCUAUUGGUAAGGUAACCGACAUUUUUGGAAGAAUUGAGUUUCAAGCAAGAGGUUGGCCACAUUAUCAUGGACUAGUUUGGAUUGAAAAUGCCCCUGAAUGGCAGAAAUCCCCUGAUAGUGAAGUCACAGCUUUUAUUGACAAGUACAUUUCUUGUCAAAUACCAAAUGAAGAAGAAAAUAAGGAACUAUUUGAUAUAGUUUCCUCAGUGCAACUACACAGUAAAGCACACACAAAAACAUGCAAAAAAGGAGGAAAAGAUUGUCGUUUUAAUUUCCCUCGCCCAUGCUCCUUGCAAACAUUUAUUGCCAGUCCACCCAAAGAUGAAGACAUAGAACCAAAACAAUCAAAUAAUUUAAACAAAAUGUCAAAAAACACUGCUAAAGACAUUCUGAAAAUUUUUUGGGAUCUACUUACCGCUGAGUCGGACUUGUGCACAGCAGACAUUUUGAGCCAUGGUAACAUUACCCAAGAGAUCCUACAAGAGGCACUAAAUGUAUUGUCACAAAGACCUACAGUGGUUCACAGAAGAGAAGCCAAAGACUGUUGGGUGAAUCCUUAUAAUCCUGCUCUUCUACAGGCAUGGAAUGGUAACAUGGAUAUACAGUUUAUACUAGACCCGUAUAGCUGUAUUAUGUACAUAAUGUCCUAUAUUACCAAGGCAGAAAAAGAAUUGGGAGAGCUCAUUAAAGCUGCCCAAAGAGAGGCAAGACAGAAUAAUGAAGAGGCAAUACAGGAGCUCAGAAAGCUUGGAAAUGUAUAUCUCACCCAUCGGGAGAUAAGUGUUAUGGAAGCAGUCUACAGAGUUUGUGGUCUAAAGCUUAAACAUUGUUCUCGAGACGUUGUAUGGAUUCCAACUGAUACAGAAAAUACCAGAAUAACACUUCCUAUGCAUGUGAUAAAAUCCAAUGCAUCUCGUGAUGAUGACAACAUAUGGAUGACAAGCAUCUUGGAUAGAUAUCUAGCAAGGCCAUUGAUAAAUGAAUUUGCCAAUAUGUGUUUAGCAACUUUUGUAUCAAGGUAUAGAGUGAUAGCAAACUCCACCCAUACAGAAGAGGCAGAUUUAGAAGAGGAAUCAAAGACAGAGACUGGGAAAAAAAUACGGCUGCUUCACAACAUGGGUACAAUUACAAGAAGGACCAAAAAGGAUGCAGUCAUUAGAUAUCCAAAGUUUUCACAAUCCAAAGAUCCUGAGAAAUAUUAUUUUAAUUUGUUGAGAUUAUAUUGUCCUCACAGAGAAAAUAGAUUUCUUCCAUCUGAGUAUAACUCCUUCCAACAGUACUAUGAAACAGGAAAAUUAGGAUUGACGUUAGUUUGUAAUAUUGUUAAUGAAAAUAUGAAACAAUUCCAAAAACUAACUGAUCAGCUUGAUGAGACUUGGUCCCUAAUGAAAGACAUGCCUCCACUGGAAGAAGCAUGGGCUCAAGUGGCACCUAACUCAGAAGAGGAAAGAAUGGAAAAUGAAGAAGAAAAGGAAUUGCUCAGUGAUGAAGAAUUUCUUUCAGCAGUAGACAUUCCUGAAAUGAAAUCUACACCACAGACAAACAAGAAUUCAUACUCACAGAAUGUGUACACGGAGCCAAAUCCCAAUACCAUAACUGAUGAAAAGCUUUUGCAGAUGUACAGAUUGCUGAAUAAAGAACAAAUGGAACUGCUCAAUUUUAUAAAAGAGUGGUGCUUGCAGGUGUUACACUCAAACUCUCAUGACAAUUUUCACAUAUUUCUGACGGGGGGAGCGGGAGCUGGAAAGUCUUUGCUCAUUCACUGCAUUUACCACAUGGCAAACAAAUUAUUUCACAAAAUACGUGAAACACCAGAUGAUGCCAUUAUUCUUAAAGUUGCUUACACUGGAAAAGCAGCUUUGAAAAUCAAUGGUCAGACUAUUCAUUCAGCCUUUGCAUUGAAGAAGAACAUGAAAACACAGUAUCAACCUCUAGGUGAAAAUGAUUUAAAUACUCUACGAGCCAGGCUUUCAAACAUUCAGCUACUUAUUAUUGAUGAAAUAUCAAUGGUCAGCAAAACGGUUUUGUCAUAUAUAUCAGGAAGACUAAACCAAAUCAAAUCCCUGCAGCAGAAUUCAAAACCAUUUGGAGGCAUAUCUGUUCUAUGUGUUGGAGAUUUCUACCAGAUACCACCCGUGUUUGGCAAAAGUCUUCUUUGCGUUGACGCAGGAGCUCUUCCACAAGAUCUGUGGACUUUGUUUAAAGUGCACAAAUUACAAAAGAUAAUGAGACAGAAAGAGGAUUUACUUUUUGGAGAAGCUUUAAACAUAAUUCGAACAAAGGAUCGUGAUGAUCCCAUGAAUCAAGAUGUGGAAAAUCUCUUGAGAAGUCGUUUGGAAACUUCAAAUUGUCCAAGUGAUGCAAUUCAUAUCUUCUCUACUAAUGAACAAGUUCGUCAUCAUAACCUUUCCAAACUACAUCAACUUGGAAAACCAAUAAUCAGCAUGACAGCAGUUGACAUAUUACAUUCAUCAAGUGGUAAAGUGUUUCAAAGACAGACACCCUUUGAGAACUUAGAUACCUGCUUACAAUCUGAACUGAAACUGGCAAUGGGUGCUAGAGUUAUGUUGACAGUGAACAUAGACACAACCGAUGGCCUAGUAAAUGGAACACUUGGAACAGUAAUAGAUAUUGUUAAUGGAAGUAUGCCAUACGGAUUUCCAGAAUACAUUGUAUUACAGUUUGAAGAUGAGCACAUUGGUAAUAAUUACAGAAUUCGUAAUACUACACAACCGUGCGAUGACAAAUGUGUACCAUUUAGAAUCUUGUCCCAGAAAGUGCAGUAUAAAACUGGAUAUAUAACAAGAUUCCAGUUCCCAUUUACACUCUCUUGGGCUUGUACUAUUCAUAAAGUACAGGGACAAACAUUCAAGGAAGUAGCAGUGUCCCUCAAAAGAGUUUUCAAGGGUGGAAUGGCAUACGUUGCACUCAGUAGGGUCACACAUCUUGAGGGACUGCAUUUACUUGACUAUGACCCUUCUGUGAUUUAUGCUGAUUCUAGUGUAAAACAAUCUUUGGAUCAGAUGGAGGUUUUGUCACUCACAGACUCUGUCCUACAGCCGAAUGAAAGAGAAAAUAAUUUCUUACUUCUACAUCACAAUGUACAGUCACUUAGAAAACAUUUCCCAGAUGUAAAGAAAAUGCUAGAAUUCUACUCGCCUAAUGUUUUUUGUGCUACAGAAACAUGGCUUGGAGAAGACUCAAAUCAGACAUGUUAUGAUGUUGAUGGAUUCAAUCUAGAAUCUGUAAAUAGUGUCCAGGACAGAGGGGCUGGAGCUGCUGUUUAUAUAAAAAUUGCGAGAGUAGUGGAUAUGUGGUGUGGGAACAACAACACACUUCAUCUUGUACAGUGGCUACAAACUGUUGGCUUCAAUGUUGUUCCCACACUUGGUUGUCGAAAAAGGGGUAGUGACGGAGAUAAGAAAGGUUCUUCCAAAGACUCUGUAUUUUGUUGUGUGAAUCCAGAGAAAUGGACUUCUAGUGACAUUAUUGAACUUGAACCAAUCCCGAAAGACACUAGGAUUCAAGAGAAACCCCGAUGGAGCAGGAGACUCGAAACUCGCAAAUUGACCAGUAACACGGGGACAAUUUCGACUAAACUAGCACAACAAUUUCUUGGAGAGGAGAAAAAUGAAGACUAUCCAUGGACCAAAUACUAUCGACCGGACCCAGAGCUGGCACGUAAAUACCUGGAAGAGAAUGCCGCGAUGUCUACGCAACAGAGGAACGCAGGAGACGCUCCGCAAGAAGUCGCCUUGCCAUCCGCGCCGACCCUCUAUCCACGGGUGCCGAUGAUGGAUGAAUAA